AUGAUUUUCGAUAAAGUCACUGAAAAUGAGAACAAGUUGAUUGUAAGCAAAGGAAUGGAAAGUAAAGCGUCCUUCUCCAGGACAGCCCACUCGGAAGGUGAAAUGUUUGGACUGAAGUUCUGGGAAAACUGGUAUGUGAUUGGUGAAAACGAUUCUGGUUCUUCAGACUUCAAGUUCAUAUAUUACCAUGGAAAAACUCGACAGAACACAUACGAAGGUGCUUUUGUAUACAGCCGGUCAAAGGAGCUUGAACCAGAAUCGAUGGCAAAAGUUUAUUCAAUCGCAAAGAAAGCAGGGAUGGAUCCAAAGUUUUGUAGAAUCCAAAAUGGAUGCUUCAAUGACGAUAUUUCUCUGGAACCGCGAGUAGCCCCCCCACCACCAGAAGCAAUACCGUUCCGUGGAAUCAUGGCGAGCACCAAAGUGUCUGAAUUGCUUGGAGUAGAGGCUGUUUCCGCAAGAGAUUACACUGGUAUUCCUGGAAGUGUUACAGAAGAUCUUCAACCGAAAGCAAAGUCAUCAAGUAGGCCCUGGUGGUACGAGGUUGGGGAUUAUCUUGAGAACCCUCGCAGGCACUUUGAUUAUAUGAAUAGUAUGAGACAAAACAUGGAUUGCCCCAAAGAAGUGCGAGAGUGGAAUCAGUGA